CUCUCUCACUCCCUCCCUCUCUCUCGCUCGCUCUCUCUCUCUCACCAUCUCUGAUUAGAUAUACUGAUUCCUCCUUUCAAUGGACGUCAUUUAAGCUCAGACUCCUGCCUUGAGUUGCGUCCUCCGCCUCACGCCCGCUUUCCGACUAUUCUUUUACCCUUUUAUUAAGUAUUUCUGUAAUAUUAAUGGCCAUGAAUGCGCUUUAUUAGCAGUCCAAGAGGGAGACGAAGAGAACGGCUCUUUUGCUAAUAUGAGCUCAAGCGACGGGACGACAGCAGUGUGAUAGAAGAGCCAGGAGUGCGAGGAGAAAAAGAGGCUUUUCCGAGAGAAACUUUUCGACUCAAAUCCUCCAGCACCGCCGAUCACCAGCAUUUUUAGAGCCAGAUGAAGGGCAGCGGGGAUCUUAACGUUUCUUUCUGAUGGAUUAUCAUCCUGCUACUGUGGCACAUAUCUGAUCACCGGGGCCGCUGUGAUCUUGCAGGAAGAGAAGAGUGUUUUUUUCGGGGGCUUCAUUUUUGUGUGUGUUUGGUUUUGCGGGUUAUUCCCUUUGCUCGCCCCCUCCAAACACUCGGUGUUUUUGAACUGAUUAUUCUUUGCUUGAGUCGCACUAAAAUCCUUUCAGAUGUUAGUGCACAGUUUUUCCGCGAUGGAUCGCCACGACGGCACCAGCAAUGGGACAGCCAGGCUACCUCAGCUGGGCGGCGUGGGCCAGAGUCCCUACACGAGCGCCCCGCCGCUCUCCCACACACCGAACUCGGACUUCCAGCCCCCGUACUUCCCCCCGCCAUACCAGCCCAUCUACCCGCAGUCUCAGGACCCUUACUCGCACGUCAACGACCCGUACUCCCUCAACUCCCUGCAUGCCCAGCCGCAGCCGCAGCACCCGAGCUGGCCGGGCCAGAGGCAGAGUCAGGAGAGCGGCCUGCUGCACCAGCACCGCAGCCUGCCCCACCAGCUGUGCCGGGAGUACCGCAGGGAAGUGCUGCUACCGUCCGGCCACGGCAUCGACACGGGACUGUCGGACUCUAUCCCUAUCCAUGGAAUACCUCACUCUUUAGAAGACGUUCAGCCUGUUGAGGAUCAAGGAAUUCACAUCCCCGACCAGACUGUAAUUAAAAAAGGUCCAGUAUCUUUAUCCAAGAACAAUAAUGUUUCCUCCAUCCCCGUAAAUAAGGACGGACUUUUCGGAGGGGUGGUGAACCCAAACGAGGUGUUCUGCUCGGUACCGGGUCGCCUUUCCCUCCUCAGCUCCACAUCAAAGUACAAGGUCACGGUGGCCGAGGUGCAGAGACGCCUCUCGCCGCCCGAGUGCCUCAACGCUUCACUGCUGGGCGGGGUGUUGAGGAGGGCCAAGUCUAAGAAUGGAGGAAGAUCCUUAAGGGAGAAGCUGGAUAAAAUCGGCUUGAAUCUACCUGCGGGCAGACGCAAGGCAGCCAACGUCACCUUGCUGACGUCACUAGUCGAGGGAGAAGCUGUGCAUCUUGCCAGGGAUUUUGGUUAUGUAUGCGAGACCGAGUUUCCAGCCAAGGCAGUAGCAGAAUAUGUAAACCGUCAGCAUUCCGACCCAAACGAACAAGUCCAAAGAAAAAACAUGCUAUUGGCCACGAAGCAAGUGUGCAAAGAGUUCACGGACCUGCUGUCCCAGGACCGUUCGCCGCUGGGGAACUCACGGCCGCAGCCCAUUCUUGAACCGGGAAUCCAGAGCUGCUUGACCCACUUCAGUCUAAUCUCGCACGGUUUUGGGACCCCGGCACUGUGCGCGGCCGUCACGGCCCUGCAGAACUAUCUAACCGAGGCUAUCAAAGCCAUGGACAAAAUGUACCUCAACAACAACCCAAACAGUCACUCAGAUAACGGCACUAAAGGCGGAGACAAAGACGAGAAACACAGAAAGUGAUGUUUCCAUCCUUUAACUUCACUGUGGGGCCAAACUCAAGAAGGGCCCUUCUUCUACACCGACCACGCGCCUCGGCCCGGCCCCUGCCCAUCCAAUAUAAAUAUUAUAAAUACCUUAUAAAUACUAUUGAUAAAGUUAAUUGUGCCACUUCCUGAUCUUGCGUGGUUUUACAUGUUUUGUUUCUACAUCCCCCCACUUUGGAUCCACGAGGAAAUGACGCAAGUGUUUUCUUCUUCUUCUUCAUCAUCUUCUUCUUCUACUCCUCCUUCUUCUUCUUCUUGCUCCUCCAACAGCUGAACCACAUGAAAUGUUAUUUAAAAAAGAAAAAAGAAAAGAAAAAGAAAAAGAAAAAACAGGCUGCGGAGGAUCAGCUCCUGCAGGGCGAGGAGAAGGUGUACUAGGCCGACUGCCUCAGCCACAGGACUUUUUAUGUACUCCCCCUUUUUUUAUGAGCUGCAGCGAAUGGACUGAAAUCCAGCGGACACCAACCCCCCCAACCACCGCCCCCCCUUCCCUCUAUGUCUCCAUUUUACGAUUGUGACAAAAUCGAAGCUAAAAGAGGAUGAAUUCUUAUCAGUAUUGUGAAUAAUAAACUUGAAAACAAAGAGAAAUUCCACAGAGCUCCCUGUCAUGACUUCCGUUGUAGACUCUCUCACUCACUGUCUCUCUCUCUCUCUCCAAGCGACCAACUUGAACUUUUUGAAUUUCAACACGAUUCGCGGUUAUAUAAGGGAAUCGGUGUUCAUGUAUGUAUAUAUUUAUUUAUGUGUAAUUUAAUGGGAAUUGUAAAUAUGGUGCGUCUGUUUAAACUUCCUUUUUUUAUUUAUCUGGUGCCUCCUGUUUUAGUGGGUUUGGAUAUUCGGUUAGUUCUUCAUGUGAUUUUAUGUUUUUUUUUCUUUCUUUUUUUUUCCUAGAAAACAAGUUUGGGGUAUUUUUUAUUUCUCUGGGAUAUUUCAAUUCAGCCCUCUUGUAGCAUGUUGAGGCGACAUUGAAGCAAGUGAACAAAUUUAAUAGAAAUAAACUUCCAUUUCUCUCUCUCUCUCUCUAUCUAUAUAUAUAUAUCAUUCUUAUUUCAGUUUUUAAUUUGAAACAGAGCAUAAGUGACACCCUGAGGAGAACUGUUUUUUUUUCGUGUGUGCGUGUGUGUUUCUAUUUUCGUUUUUAUACAAGCUUUUAUGUGUUGUGCCAAUCAGAAUACGUUUCACCCCUUGUUUUCUCUCCUUGAGCACCAUAAAAGCAAUAAAUGGAAUAUUGUAUUUUUUUUUAUUUUAUUUUUUUUUUAAAGAAAAAAAAAUGUUGAAAGACGCUCAAAAAACAUUUGAUUUGGGGACCACCUGAUUAUCUUGUUAUGUCCGAUAAUGUCCACAAUUGGAGGCGGUUUUAGCUGUAUUGUAUAGACAUGUGCUGGCAAUAGUUCCCAUGCCUGUCAAUGUAUUAUAGUCCUUUGUUGCCCUGAAAAAAAUAAAUAUUUGAUACGCUU